AUGGAUAUCGCACGGGAACUCUCGCGGCCGGAGUAUAAGCCCAUCUUCUGUAUUGAGAUGCAUACUUGUGGAGAGCCCACCAGGAUCGUUAUCGAUGGAUACCCGAAUGUCACAGGUACGCUUCUAGAGCAGAGAACUCAGGCCCGCCAGACGCAUGACCACAUCCGAAAACGACUCAUGCUCGAACCUCGGGGACACUACGAUAUGUAUGGUGCUGUCCUCCGUCCCGACACGGAGCUGACCCAACUCGGCCAAGCCCAUAUGGGCGUGCUCUUCAUGACAAACGACGGUUAUUCAACCAUGUGUGGCCAUGCCACUAUUGCGCUCGGAAGGUUCCUGCUUGAUACCCAUGACCUCAACAUCUUCCCUCGAAGGAAUGAUAUCAUUUGGGACCGCAAGUCGCUGAUUGCCGAUCUCAAUAUCCACGCUCCUUGUGGCCUUCUCCGACUAAGUGUCCCUGUCAGUCCCGAUGGAAGGGCUUCAGACCCCAGUAAACCGGUAUCUUUCGUGUCGGUGCCCUCCUUUGCAACCGGCCUCCAGGUUCCUCUGGCCAUCGCGCAUCCGUGGCCGCAGUUGGAAAGGAAAGGUGCCCCUAAAACACCAAUAUCAGUGGACUUUGCCUACGGCGGAGCCUUCUAUGCCGUUGUUGAUGCCAGUAGCCUUGGCUUCAAGGAGCACUUGCAGGAUAUCGAUAUGCGAGAGCUAAGCAGGGCUACAGAAUCUCUCCUCCUGAGUAUACGUGAACAACCCAAGCUGACAAGCUACUACCAACAUCCCGAGGAGUCCGACUUGUCGUUUCUGUAUGGCGUCAUUGUGACAGACAGCGUCCUCCGGGAAGGUAAGCCUGUUCCGAACGCAGAGCUGGGCGUCUGUUUCUUUGCAGACCAGCAGAUCGACCGAUCACCUACCGGCAGCGGCGUAGCUGCUCGAGAAGCCCUGGCAUAUUGCAAAGGAGAGCGAAGUAUCGGAACAGCAUGGUCUUACCAUUCGUUGGUGUCAAACCGCGACCUAGGACCCCCCUUCGUUGGUACGAUUGAGAUGGCUGACGGCAGUCCAAAGCAAGUCAAGACGGCCCAAGUACACGUCAGGGUGAGUGGGCAGGCAUUUUAUAGCGGCUCCAGCACCUUCUCUGUGGAGCAAGAGGAUCCAUUGGGCGACUCAGGCUUCGUCUUCACGAAGCUAACGCUGGGGUAG